AGACUUAAGAGUUGACCAAAAAAGGCAGAGAGAAUAACAGAUAUUAUGAUGAAUAAGGAAACGUUAGGUUCUGUGGUCUCAAAGUAAAGAAAUAGUUGCAUCGAAGAAGAGAGAUCCUUCAUGUCUAAUACAUUUCUGGGCUUUUUACUUUUUGGGAAUUAUUGAAAACACUUAAAGAAUUUUAUUUAGGUUCUUAUUCCUCAGACUGUACUAUCUUUGCCUUUUAUCGUAGGUGCAGAUGUUUCUGGGGUUGUUUUAGAGUGCACAAUCUUUGCAUUUUUGUUUCAUUAAAUUCUCCGAACUGGGGGUUUUGAAGGGUGCUGCCUGUGGCCUGGUUAAUAUAAAUUUCAACUCAAACCCUUUCUUGAAAAAAUGGUGAGAGGAAAGGUAGAAAUGAAGCUUAUUGAAAAUACAACCAGCAGACAGGUAACAUUUUCAAAGCGCAGAAAUGGGCUAUUGAAGAAGGCUUAUGAGCUAUCAGUACUUUGUGAUGCUGAAGUGGCUUUGAUCAUUUUCUCCCAGAAAGGAAAACUUUAUGAAUUUUCAAGCUCCAACAUGCAAAAGACUAUAAAGAGAUACCUGGAACAUGCAAGAAGAAAGCAGAACAUUAGUACUGAAGUUGAAGGACAAAUGCAGCAUUGUGAGGAGGAUACAGCAACCUUGGCACAGAAGAUAGAGCUCCUUGAAAAUUCCAAACAGAAGCUUUUAGGACAAAAUUUGGAAACAUGUUCAUUACAGGAACUACAUGAGAUUGACAGCCAGCUGGAAAAAAGCCUAAAAAUCAUCAGAGCUAGAAAGGCUCAAUUAUUCAAAGAAGAAAUAGAAAAAUUAAAAGCAAAGGAGAAGUUUAUGCUAGAAGAAAAUGCAAAAUUAUGUGAAAAGUGUGGAUUGAAGCCAGAAAACGUACCAGAAAAACAGCAUGAAAAUGGUAGUUGCCACCGAAGCACAAGCCCUGAGGUGGUGACAGAAUUGUUCAUUGGCCUGCAUCCAGUACAGAAUGGCUGUUGACAAUCUUUGUUAAAUUACAUACAUCUAUAGCUCUUCACAAUAAGCAAGAUAUAUAUAAUUUAUCCAAAAUAAUGGUUUGCAGUAUAUAAUAUAAUAAAGAUGUAUGUUUGUUGGAUUUUGUGAAACUCAAUUAGACAUUAAGCCUCUGUUUGGUGGAGAUGAAAUCAGAUAUUUAGUAUAUUUUAAUAUAAGUUAAUAAAAUGUAUGACAGUGAAGUUGUGAAUUUUAUGAA